UCACUUUUAUAGUGGAGGUAACCCUAAAUGUCAUUUCCAGUAAGGCGCAGCCAGGGACGUGACUACAUGCGCCUGGUGCCCACAGUGUUACAGUGCAAUGAGUUAAACUGCACAGCUGACCGAAGUGUAUAAAGCCCUUACGAUAGCUGGACACUGCGGAUUCAAACAUUACAUAACAUUUAACAUUUUAGCACGCUUUAAGGACCUGUUUCCCUUGGGUGACCCUACCAGGGGCAUAAAGCCCUGGGCAACAUAGCUCCUGGGAUCAUUGGAACAUGCAAACCCCUCCACCACGAUAAGGUGUUGGCUCCAGGAGAGCCAGCAAACAAGACGCCAUGACAGCCAUUUUGAAGAUUGGUUUCUCCUGCUUCAAGAUGGACCCAGGCCUGGCAUACCAUGAGGAGGUCCUGAGUCCAUACUGUGCUGUGUACAUGAAGGAGGUUGUGGAGACAGAGAAGGGGCAGGUUUAUAAGCAGGUGAAGCCCACUAUGUACCCUCCCUGGUGCUCCACAUUCGACGUCCACCUCCAAAAAGACCACAUGAUGCAUGUGGUAAUAAAGGACAAGACAGCUGAGCUUAAGAGUGAGGCAACUGUGGAUCUGGACCAGCUGGCCACACACUGCAAGAAGGAAAAUAGAAGGCUGGAAAUCUGGGUGGAGACAAAACCAAUAGGGAGAUUACAAAUGGAGGCCACCUACCUAUUGGAGAACAGUGAUGCAAAAGGCGAGGGCAAAGGUGAUGCUGGUGAGGGCCUCUUCACCCUGCAUCAGCGCCGUGGGGCCAUAAAGCAAGCCAAGAUUCAUGUGGUGAAGUGCCAUGAAUUCACAGCCACCUUUUUUCCCCAGCCCACCUUUUGCUCUGUCUGCAAAGAGUUUGUCUGGGGACUAAAUAAACAAGGCUACCAAUGCAGAGAAUGCAAUGCAGCCAUCCACAAGAAAUGCAUCGACAAAGUGAUUGCCAAAUGCACUGGGUCAGCCAUCAACAGUAAAGAGACCCAGAUACACAAGGAGAGGUUUAAGAUCGACAUGCCACACCGGUUUAAGGUCUACAACUACAAGAGCCCCACAUUCUGUGAGCACUGCGGCACCCUGCUGUGGGGGUUGACCAGGCAGGGCCUCAAGUGUGAAGAAUGCUGUAUGAAUGUUCAUCACAAGUGCCAGAUGAAAGUAGCCAACUUGUGUGGUGUAAAUCAGAAGUUGAUGGCGGAGGCUCUGGCUAUGAUUGAGAGCACACAGCAGCAGGCCAGAACUUCCCGUAGUAAUGAAAUCAUUGGUCGAGAGGGUCCAGUUAGCAUCGACCAGCCUGGCGUGAUCCAAGAACCAUCUGGAUGUAUCUCAAGCACACCAUCAGUCACUCCAGAGUGUAAAGAUCUGCUCAGCCCAUUGUGGAAAAUCACCACAGACAAGAAGCAGCCUACGGGGGGUCUGCAACGGUCUCUGCUUGUUAAGAUCACCAUUGACGAUUUCAUCCUUCACAAACUGCUGGGAAAGGGCAGCUUUGGCAAGGUGUUUCUAGCUCAACUGAAGUCCAGCAAUCAGUUUUUUGCAGUGAAGGCUUUGAAAAAGGAUGUGGUCCUCAUGGAUGAUGAUGUGGAAUGUACCAUGGUGGAGAGGAGGGUCCUGUCUCUGGCUUGGGAACACCCUUAUCUCACACACGUCUAUUGCACAUUCCAGACUAAGGAAAACCUCUUCUUUGUGAUGGAGUACUUGAAUGGUGGUGAUCUUAUGUUCCAUAUACAGAACUGUCAGAAAUUCAGCCUACAGAGAUCAAUGUUCUAUGCAUCUGAAAUCAUCUGUGGCCUCCAGUUCCUCCACUCUAAAGGAAUCAUAUACAGAGACCUGAAGCUGGACAAUGUGUUGCUGGAUGCUGAUGGACACAUCAAGAUUGCUGAUUUUGGGAUGUGUAAGGAGAACAUUCAGGGAGAUGCCAGGACAUCCACCUUUUGUGGGACUCCUGACUACAUUGCUCCUGAGAUCCUAUUGGGCCAGAAGUAUGGAGCCUCUGUUGAUUGGUGGUCUUUUGGAGUUCUGCUCUAUGAGAUGCUGAUUGGCUAGUUUCCCUUUCAUGGGCGUGAUGAGGAAGAACUGUUUCAGUCCAUCCGCACUGAUGACCCCUUUUACCCCUGCUGGCUUCCCAAGAGUGCCCAUGACAUCCUAGUCAAGGUGUGCCUAUAUAUCCCCUUUCUUUGUAAAGUAAUGACUUCAUAUUCUGAAGAGCAUUUCCUAGUUAGAACUACACUUCAUCACUGCAACUGCAUAUAAUAUAGAUUAUUAAAUAUGUAUAUAAAGAUUAAUAUUUUUCAUUUUUCUGUGCUGUAACCCAAAGCACAAUUAAACUAUUAAAACCUCUGCAGGAUUACAUAUAUCAGAAUCCAAUCCCAUCAGUCUACUGCCUAUGAUAAUACACACAAAAGUGCCAUUUUCAACAACUAAACGAAGCCUGAAAACAUCAAAUGGCCCUUUAAUAGAGUGGGAAAAAAAUGUAAAAACUCCAAAAUACAGUGAAACUUACUGAACGACACCUUAACAUCAAAACGAGAGAAUAAGUGGGUGUUGCCUGAUUCUGUACAACUGAUAGAGAGGCUGUCACGAUCGGUGCUGGUGAGCGGGUGAUCACACGGGCAGGCAACAGGCAGGAAGCAAGCAAGGCAGGCGGAAUCAGGGAAAAUGGAGAUUCAUUAGUGAUACGGGGCUCGGGAGCUGCAGGCAGAGGGCACGCCAGCUCGGGAGCUGCAGGCAGAGGGAGCGCCAGCUCGGGCAGCUGCUCAGGCUGCGCGGGCGGCUGCUCGGGCGUCGUAGCAGGGGCCGGAGCUCGCCGGAGCUGGAUCAGCCUCCUGAGGCUCUCCACUAAUAUCUCAAGGCGGGAGAGAAUGCUGCGAAAUCACGCCGCAGCUGCGCAGCGAGCCGGUCCUCCUCUGGGGAGCCCUGUACGGCCGGCUCAUCCAUCACCCUCCAAUAAAGUCCCUGGAGGGUGAAGUAUUGAUUAGCGAGGACCUCGGGCGUAGCCGGAACCUCCAGCGGGGGCGCAGCGGUUUCAGCAGGCAGAGGCGAAGGGAGCGCCUUGGGCAUGGCUGCCGCUGGCGGCGGGAUGGGCAGGUCCCGCGCAGGAGAGACAGGCGUGGCCCCUUUAAGGGUGCGGGGCACACGCGGGAUAGCGUCCCGCACCGCUCUGGCCCCCCUAUUAGCCAGCCGCUCGGGCUGGAAGAAAUACCGCUCGAGGGGCGGCUGCAGCUCCUCGGUGACCGGCUCCCGUUCAUGGAGCAGCAGAGGUUCCUCCUCCUCCUCGCUCCCAGAUGGGAGCCAAAGCCUGGCGAGAGAGCAAGCUCCCAGGCUGAUCAUCGGCUCAUCGGGUCUCCUUCUCCUCUGCUUUCUCUUCUUUUGGUCCGUCAUUCUGUCAUGAUCGGUGCGUGAAAACGGGUGAGGUGAACGGGCAGGUGAGCAGGCAGACAGGCGGAAUUCGGGGUAAACUAGGGGUUUAUUAAAAGGAGUGGGACGGGCAGGACAGAACAGGAGUACGGACAUCUACUAACAUCAAUGACGGACAAGGGACACAGGCCCUGGGGCCUGGGGCCUCAUGUAUAACGACGUACGUAGAAUUCACACUAAAACAUGGUGUACGGACAAAACUAGGAAUGUGCGUAAGCAAGAAAAAAUCCAGAUGCAUAAAACUGUGCGUAAAGCACAGAUCGACGCACAUUCCCUUUAUUAAUCCCAAUGAGCGUGAAAUUUUACGUACGUGAACGAGCCGACAGCCAUCCCCCCAACCAGCCCAUGAUUAUGAUAUUUACAUAUAUAAAUCUGUAUAAAUACCCGCUUUGUUCUGUUUUUCUUAAACAACAAUAGAUAAACCACGUGGGAAAAAUACGUAUUUUAGCGAGUUUGAAGUGAAGGUCAUGUUAACAGAAAUAGAGAAAAGAAAAGUGUUAUUAUUUGGUGGUUUAAGUAGUGGCAUCAGCACUAAAGUUGACGGAGCGGCAGAACGUGGUGGAGUCAGUUAAAAGUGUUUUUAUCUAUUCGCACGGUGGCCGAAAUUAAAAAGAAGUGGUCUGACAUUAAAGUCGACGUGACAAAAUGAGUGGCCGCUCACCGUAAUAGUCUUAACAGUACAGGCGAAGGGAGCGGAAUCCCCAGGCUCUCACUUUAUCGGGUGAGGGGGACGCCGAUGUCAGCGCGGGUAAGUUUUUCUCGUAGCAUACUUGUUUGAAUUACUUGCAUGUUUAUGAAUAACAAGUAGGAUGCAGAUGCGGUGUUACUUUUGUUUAUUGUUUGUUUAUUCUUACAGACAAUAGUACAAGAGAUGCCUCAGUGCCAAGGAUGACACAGGCGGCGAUGGUGCUGCUGGCCCGAGCACAUCUUUGGGCGCUGGCUGCACACAUUCCCGUGCCUCAGAAACCGGGGGGGCAACCAUCCGGCCGUGUGCUGUGCUGCAGUCACAAAAUGCUAAAGUCCAUGCUGUAAGAGAUGUUGCCAAUGAAGUAAAAUAUUUAAAUGAUACGCUGUGUGAUAUUAACAACACAUUAAAAGAAUUCGUUAAAAAUAAA